AUGGAUCGUAGAAUUAUAAUUUUUGGAGUCUCGAUUUUAGUUGCUUUUCUAGUCUGUAGUGAGGCACCCUUUGUGAAAAUGACAAAUGCAGUCUGUAAGUCUCUUAAUGAAUCGUGGGUCGUUAUUCAUUAUUGUCGUCUGAAGGCCUAUUCCCGUAACAAGACUAGCUUGAAUAUAAAUGCAACCCUCUCGGAACCAACUAACAACAUUUCCGUUAGAAUUAGGCUUAUGAAAAAGGCCAAUGGCUAUAAGCCAUUUCUGUUUGAUAUCACAAUAAAUGCCUGCGAUUUUAUGAGAAAAAACAAUAACCCUGUCGCCAAGAUCAUCUACAAUAUGAUUAAGGAUGUAUCCACGGUGAAUCAUACCUGUCCUUAUUCGGGCUUGCAGAUGUUAAGUGAUUUCCAUGUGGUCAAGAUCCCCGUUCCUCUGCCAACUGGAGACUACCUACUUUUAUUGGAUUGGAUAUUCUUUGCUAAGACGCAGUUCGUUACAAAUGUUUAUUUUACCUUUGUAGAAGAUUUAAUAGAAAAAACCAACAAACAACAAAAAGUAUAUAGCCCGAAAGAUUUAACAAACAUACUGACCAGUAAACUAAUUUGA